AUGAAGGGCUGUAUACAGUGUUUAAGAGUCAUACUAGUAGUUUUCAACUUCCUGGUUGUGCUUAUUGGGUUGUCAGUUUUGGGUUUCUCUGUUUACAUCUACCUGGAACCAGAGGCACAAGACAUCAUACUUGCUUCGGGACAACAACAUGCCGUACAAAUAAUGUUAUAUGGUCUUAUGGGCAUCGGUGGAAUUACUUUAGUAAUAGCGCUGUUUGGUUGUUGUGGUGCUUACCAUGAAUCCCAAUGUCUUUUGGGAACAUAUUUCACUAUUCUUAUUGUGAUCUUUGCAACUCAAGUAACAGGAGCCACAUUGGGUUAUUUAUACAGAGAGGAGAUUAUGAAAUAUGUCGAUGAUCGUAUGAGAGAAGGUAUUGAAGAGUAUUCAAUGCUACGUGAUCAACGUGAAAAUCCCGUACCGUUUAUGGAUUCAAUUCAACGUAUGCUGCGCUGUUGUGGUGUCAAUGGUUACGAAGAUUACCGUGAAAGUAUACCCAUAGCAUGUUGUGAUCAUCAUGUUAGCACAUGUCUAAAUGCAUUACUGUCACCCGAAGAAGUUUAUAAAGAAGGUUGCAAAGAUAAAUAUAAAGUAAUGUUGAAAGAUAAAUUGGUCAUUAUCUUCCUUGCAACUGUUUCUAUUGCAGCUUUUGAAAUAUUUUGUCUUCUGUUUUCAAUGGUUAUGUGUUGCACAAUUCGACAAUAUCAUUCAGAUUAUUAUGGAGUCAAUUAUUCAAUUGCUACUUGA